AUGAGUGACGCUGAUGCAGGAACGCACACUGGCGCUGAAAUCGUGAACUACAACUUCAUGUCAGAACGCGCUGAGUCUCAGGCACUCCGAUGCAAGGCCCUAGAGCAUCGGCGAGAGAGAGAUGACUUGCUUGCGCGGUCCCUCGACGCCCACAGCCAGGGGCUCUUCCUGGCCUCGGCCUAUUACAGCAAGCUGGCGGGGCUCCAUCACGACGCAAUGACCAUGGCCAACCAGCAGGCUGCCGCCAUCAUCGCCUCCUUCGUCAACAAGAGGCAUCUGCUCACGCCGGAAACUACGCUUGAUUUGCACUACCUCCACGUUGGGGAAGCCCUCACUCUUCUCGGGGACUUCUUGGAGCGGGAGAAGCGUCGAAAAGGGCCUGAGGAGAAGAGGCAGGUAGUUAUCGUCACGGGGCGUGGAGCCCACAGCAACGGGCCCGCCAGAGUCAAGGAUGCAGUCGUAAAAUUCCUGGAACAGAAGCGAUUAAGAUACACGGAGCAAAAUCCUGGACGUCUUGCUGUUACCCUGUAG